CUCUAGAUAUAAAGGGAUAUGAAGACAACUUACUAAAAAAUAAACAAAGAGAUGCAAGAUCACACAGAUAAAACUGAUAGUAUAACACAAGAAAUUAAAAGACAUUCAGAUCAGAUGUCUACCCUACAAGAAGAGAGUUAUAAAACCAUGCAUAAUACAUCAACACAAUUAGAAAAGUACAUUUUAACAAACAAGCUCCUGCAAAAAAGGUUGAUGCCCAUUGACAAACUGAUUCAAAUCUUUAACAAAAACUUGGAAACAAGGAAAGAAAGAAUAACGAAGCUGGAAAAUAUUGAAGGUGCUAUUUCAAAACUGUCCAAAGAUUUGAAUAUUAUAGUGCCAGUCUCUAGACCCGUGGGUUUCCGUCAGGUGUUUGUUUCCUCACCUGAUACAUUACACCACCUGUAUCGCAUUAAUUGA